UGUCGGUCGUCGUUUUUACAGUUUGUUCAGUUGCUUUCAAGAUUUUGCCGAGCGACUUUGCUUUGACUCGAGAGUCCGCGAAUGAGUUCCGCGAGUGCAUGAGUGUGCGUGUGUCUGAGAGUGUGGGAGUUUAAUUAAACCUGGUCCAGUGGAAGUCCGAAGCGGAAUUUAGCAUACGGCAAAGGCAACAAAGUGCGAAUCGAAUAAGAGGAAUAUUUCAACGUCUUCGCUUCUGGCCAUAUUCGUUAGCUGUUAACUGUGUUUCUGUGUACCUCCUGGCCCGCCCGCGAUGCCUGCCAAACUGAUAUCAUCGUCGUUCCACAGUACGCCCCUCAACGACUGCUUCAAAGUGGGCGCGUUUGAGAGACGUUUGGAUGCCCUUCUAGCCGACCUGCAGAACAGUGUUCCGGGUCAACCCCAACAGCCUCAGCCCCAGUAUGGAACCGUGCAACCGAAGCAGCAGCAGCAGCAGCAGUUCGUGGACAAUACACCAGGCUAUGGCAGCCUCAGGGGCAAGGCCCAACCGCAGGUGUACCAGGAGCACUAUAGCGCAGAGACGCGCUCCCCCACAGUAGGCGACUUCAAUGGCUCCUCCUCCAUUCCGAGCAACGGCUACCCGAGCCAGGGCGUGGGCUCCCUGCCACGCAAGCCCGCAGCCUCGGCGGUGGGGCAGAACAACUCGGGGUUGUCGGAGCUGGACUCGCUGCUGCAGGAUCUGCAGAAUGCCCGCUACAACAACGGAGGAGCGGACAAGGGACUGAAGGAAAUCGAUGUGCCAGCCAACUACAGCACGCCAGUCUCUAAGUACAACACGUUCAACAGCUAUGCCACAGUCGAGGAGCGCCCCACCAUGGACAGCCUGCUCAACGAGCUGGACAACGCCCACAUCUACGCCGUGCCCAAUGGAUCUGGACACAAGUCCCCAACGCCCGGACGCCAUGUCACCAUCACAGUGCGCGAAACAAAGACGGAGAAGCUGACAGGACCCGACGGUCCAGUUGGCUCGCUGGAGGAGCAGAUUGUGCAGCAGAAAGAUUCGUACACACAGAACAGUGUCGCACCGCGACCUCAGCACCAGCAGCAGCACCAGCAGCAGCAGCAGCAGCAGCACCAGGAAUACACAUCGCAGGCCACCAAGGAACUGGACGACCUGAUGGCAUCGCUAUCCGACUUUAAGGUCAGCGUCAACGGAGGAAGCAACGGAACGAACGGCGCCAGCGGACACUACCCGAACUCGAGCCAGCAGCAGCACUCUUCGACGGUGCAGCACCAGACGGUAACGGACUACGCCAGACCGAACAAGGGCAGCCAGCAGGCACAUCUCACGCAGACCAUCGAGGAGACGACCAUCGUCGAGGACAGUCGCGAGGACCAGCUCGAUUCUAUGCUAGGGAACCUACAGGCCAACAUGAGUCGCCAAGGAGUCAACACAGUGCAGAAGGGCUGCUGCAACGCGUGCGAGAAGCCGAUCGUCGGCCAGGUGAUCACCGCCCUGGGCAAGACCUGGCACCCGGAGCACUUCACGUGCAACCACUGCAGCCAGGAGCUGGGCACCCGCAACUUCUUCGAGCGCGACGGCUUCCCCUACUGCGAGACGGACUACCACAACCUGUUCAGCCCGCGCUGCGCCUACUGCAACGGCGCCAUCCUGGACAAGUGCGUCACCGCCCUGGACAAGACCUGGCACACGGAGCACUUCUUCUGCGCCCAGUGUGGCCAGCAGUUCGGCGAGGAGGGCUUCCACGAGCGCGACGGCAAGCCCUACUGCCGCAACGACUACUUCGAGAUGUUUGCCCCCAAGUGCAACGGCUGCAACCGGGCCAUCAUGGAGAACUACAUCUCCGCCCUGAACUCGCAGUGGCAUCCGGACUGCUUUGUCUGCCGGGACUGCAAGAAGGCUGUGCGCGGCAAGUCCUUCUAUGCCAUGGAGGGCAAGCCCGUGUGUCCACAGUGCGUGGGCGUGGAUGAGGAGGAAUAGGGAGCCAGAUACACACACGCACACACACAUCAACAAGAAGCAAGAAGCAAGAUACUGUUGUUGAAGUUCAGCAGCCAACAAAAAUAGACCCAGAGCCAGAUACAGAUACGAUACAGUCAGACACAUUUUUGUACGAGUAUGCGCGAGCUGCGUGCCACUUUUUGUGGCCGCUCGCUUUUUACUAUCACCACCAUCCCCGCUGGGGCAGCAGCUGCCCGCCGUCCGUCUCUGGCUAUUUUCGGGUUGCGGGUCUAGGAGCAACUGCAACCACAACCAGAACCACAGCACCGCAGCACCACAGCACCACAGCACCGCAGUAUUGGCAACAUCCAGCAUGCAAGAACCAACUGCGACCGAGCAAGCCCUUACCUGACCUCUAUCUGUAUCUGUAUCUGUAUCCCUCUCCAAGCUGGCCCGCUGCCACAGCAGGUGCCGCUGGAGGAACGUAUACACACGGAUACAGUAGCCACCCUCCAUGAUGGUCUCUGAUUGCCCCUGACCCUGUCCCCCUCUUGACUUGUUGAACUUUUCUAUGAAACUUUGGUAGGCUUAAGUCUUUAGGUACUUUUUAAAUUUAAUCGUUUAUGAAGAUGAGCAACAAUAUUGUAAUUUGUUUUUGUAAAUAAAAUUUAAAUAAUUA